GUCCAUUUAGACAGCCUGGCUGGUGUGUGUGUAUGUGUGUGUGGUGGGGAGGUGGGGGGGAGAUUCGGUUGGGAGGGGGGGGCGGCAGGGGGCCGCCUCCUCCUCAGUGUGAGGGGAGCGCCCGGAUACAUCGCGCAUCCGGACCGAGCCGAGUCGCGGUGAACCCCUGCGAACCCCGGGACCCUCGCCUGGACCUCACGCCCCUCCCUCCCUCAGACCCUCCGGCCCUCAUCAUCCUCCCGCAUCCUCCUGCAUCCUCCCCCCGCCUUCCCAUUACAUCUCCAUCCUGCAUCCUAUCCUCCCUGCGCCCCCGCGUAUCCUCCGCAUUUCCCUCACCCCUUGCAUCCCCUUCCUCCGGACCCCACCCCCAGUCCCUCUGCCCUGCUCUCCAUCCUCCAGCCUCCUCCUAAAGGCACCCCAACCCGCCAAACCUCCUCGCCCCCGCACUCCAUCGCCUCUGUCUCCCCCUUUCCUGGCAUUCCUCUGUUUCCCCCACAUUGCCUAUUUGCCCUGUCUACUCCCUCCUACUCUCCCCAGCCUCCCCCUUCCAGACCCCAUCUCUACCCCCCCCCCCGCCCGGGCUGGGGGAUGCGAGGUUACGCCCUCGCCUCCUGAGAACCGCACCAAAGGUCCCGGGCCUCGGAAAGGGGUGGGGGUGCCGGGCGGGGGGCAUGGAGAGGAGGAGCCCUGUGUGAUGGGAGGGGGGCGCUCUUGGAAUAGGCGGAGGCGGCGGGGACCUAGGAGCCUGGGCGGGGGUUGAUCAAGGGGACCGAGUCCAGCGACAAGCACGCAGAGCUACCCCAUGGCCGGGCCCCCCUGAGCCAAUUUGGGGGAAGCCCCCUCCCCACCCCAGCCCGGGGGUUUUGGGGCCCCAUGAGCCGGGGUGCGGGCGCGCUUCAGCGCCGGACAACGACCUACCUCAUCUCGCUGACCCUGGUCAAGCUUGAGUCUGUGCCUCCACCGCCUCCCUCGCCGUCAGGGGCUGGGGCCCCGAUAGUCAGGGCACCUGAGGGAGGAGAACCUGGAAGCCCUCGGGGAGCGGAUGAGGCCGGCAAGAAGCGGCAGGAACGUCUCUUCCACCGGCAAGAUGCGCUGUGGAUCAGCACCAGUAGCGCGGGGGCAGGGACCGAGACCCUUUCCCUGUCUCCGGCUCCAGCUAGCCCAGCCUGUCCAGUCUCCCCUGCUCGGGGUCGCCGCCUCUCCCUAUGGGCCGCCCCGCCUGUUCCCCCACUCUCCGGGGGGCUGAGCCCCGACCCCAAACCUGGAGGGGCCUCCACUUCCUCUCGGCGCCCACUACUCAGCAGCCCGAGCUGGGGGGGACCGGAGCCGGAGAGUCGAGGUGGGGGAUGCGUCCCAGGCUCCUCUUCCCCCCACCCUGGCACCGGCAACCGCCGACUCAAGGUGGCGCCCCCCCCACCUGCCCCCAAGCCUUGCAAGACGGUAACUACGAGUGGGGGCAAAGCUGGAGGGGGAAAGACCGCAGGGAGUCGCCUAUCAUGGCCGGAAAGCGAGGGCAAGCCGAGGGUCAAGGGGUCAAAAAGCAGUGCUGGGGCAGGAGCCCCAGCCGGAGUUGGGACUGCCGUGGCAGCAGGUACUGCAGCCGGGCAGGGGGCUGGAGCCCGAGGAAAGUUGUCCCCACGAAAAGCCAAGAGUAAGACGCUGGACAACAGUGACUUGCACCCAGGGCCACUAGCUGGCUCUCCUCCUCCUCAAGCGGCCCCAGCAACUCCAGCUGCCUCUCCAGCUUCCUCCACCACCUCCCCUGGGCUUCCCCCAGGGCCCGCACCUCCAAUCACCCUGGAACCCCCUGCUCCUGGGCUGAAACGGGGCCGGGAGGGGGGUCGUGCCUCCACCCGGGACCGGAAGAUGCUUAAAUUCAUCAGUGGCAUCUUCACCAAGAGUACCGGGGGACCCCCAGGUCCAGGGCCGUCUCCUGGACCCCCAGGCCUCACCUCCAGCAGCGGGUCUCGGGAGCUGCUGGCUGUAGAGCUUCGUGCCUCCCCCAAAGCUGUGGUCAAUAGCCAGGAAUGGACAUUGAGCCGAUCCAUCCCUGAACUGCGUUUGGGAGUACUGGGUGAUGCCCGGAGUGGGAAGUCAUCGCUCAUUCACAGAUUCCUGACUGGUUCCUACCAAGUGCUAGAGAAGACAGAGAGUGAGCAGCAUAAGAAGGAGAUGCUGGUGGAUGGACAGAGUCAUUUGUUGCUGAUCCGAGAGGAAGCAGGGAUGCCAGAUGCCAAGUUCUCAGGCUGGGCAGAUGCUGUCAUUUUUGUCUUCAGCCUGGAGGAUGAGAAUAGUUUCCAGGCUGUGAGCCGUCUCCAUGUGCAGCUGAACACUCUUCGAGGGGAGAGCAGAGGGGGUCUGGCCCUAGCACUGGUGGGGACACAAGACAGGAUCAGUGCUUCCUCCCCCCGGGUUGUGGGAGACGCUCGUGCCCGAGCUCUAUGUGGGGAAAUGAAGCGCUGCAGCUACUAUGAGACCUGUGCCACCUAUGGGCUCAAUGUGGACAGGGUCUUCCAAGAAGUGGCCCAGAAGGUUGUGACCUUGAGAAAACAGCAGCAGCUGCUGGCUGCCUGCAAGUCCCUGCCCAGCUCCCCCAGCCACUCUGCUGCCUCCACCCCUGUGGCUGGGCAGGCCAGUAAUGGGGGACACACCAGUGACUACUCAUCAUCUCUUCCUUCCUCACCCAAUGUUGGUCACCGGGAGCUUCGGGCUGAGGCAGCUGCUGUGGCUGGACUGAGCACGCCAGGGUCUUUGCACCGAGCAGCCAAACGGCGGACGAGUCUCUUCGCGAAUCGCAGGGGCAGCGACUCGGAGAAGCGGAGCCUGGACAGCCGAGGGGAGGCCGCAGGAAGCGGCAGGGCCAUCCCGAUCAAGCAGAGUUUCCUGUUGAAACGGAGUGGGAAUUCCCUGAACAAGGAGUGGAAAAAGAAAUACGUGACAUUAUCAAGCAACGGUUUUCUACUCUAUCACCCCAGCAUUAAUGAUUACAUCCAUAGCACCCAUGGAAAGGAGAUGGAUCUGCUUCGAACAACAGUAAAAGUACCAGGAAAGAGACCUCCUCGGGCCAUUUCAGCCUUUGGGCCCUCAGCCAGCAUCAAUGGGCUUGUCAAGGAUAUGAGCACUGUCCAGAUGGCUGAAGGCACUGACAUCCCCACUCCUACCCCUACUCCCAGUCCCAGUUCCCUGCAGCUACCCCAGGACCAGACAUCCAAGCACCUAUUGAAGCCAGACCGAAACCUGGCCCGAGCCCUCAGUACCGACUGUACACCAUCUGGAGACUUGAGCCCCCUGAGCAGGGAACCCCCACCUUCUCCCAUGGUAAAGAAACAGAGACGGAAAAAGUUGACCACACCAUCAAAGACAGAAGGCUCUGCUGGGCAGGCUGAAGCCAAGCGCAAAAUGUGGAAACUAAAAUCCUUUGGUAGUUUAAGAAAUAUUUAUAAAGCAGAGGAGAACUUUGAGUUCCUGAUUGUAUCAAGUACUGGACAGACCUGGCACUUUGAAGCCUCGAGCUUCGAAGAGCGAGACUCCUGGGUCCAGGCCAUAGAAAGCCAGAUCUUGGCCAGUCUGCAGUGCUGCGAAAGCAGCAAGGUCAAGCUCCGUACUGACAGCCAGAGUGAGGCUGUGGCCAUCCAGGCGAUUAGGAACGGGAAGGGCAACUCGCUGUGUGUGGACUGCGGAGCCCCCAAUCCCACCUGGGCAAGUCUGAACCUGGGCGCGUUAAUCUGCAUCGAAUGCUCUGGAAUCCACCGAAACCUGGGCACUCACCUGUCUCGGGUACGAUCCCUGGAUUUGGACGACUGGCCGCGGGAGCUGACCCUGGUGCUGACGGCUAUUGGCAACGAGACGGCCAACCUCAUAUGGGAGAGCGACACUCGAGGUCGAGCCAAGCCCACGCGUGAAUCCUCCAGGGAGGAGCGAGAGUCGUGGAUCCGGGCCAAAUAUGAACAACUGCUAUUCCUGGCCCCACUGGGAGGUCCCGAUGAGCCCCUGGGCCGCCGCCUCUGGGCCGCAGUGCAGGCUCAGGACGUUUCUGGGGUGCUACUGCUCCUGGCCCAUGCGCGGCACGGGCCGUUGGACAGCGAUGUGGGGGACCCACAGCUCCGUUCCCCGCUCCAUCUCGCAGCCGAGCUCGCCCAUGUGGUCAUCACACAGCUGCUAGUCUGGUACGGCGCCGACGUAUCUGCUCGGGACGCUCAGGGCCGCACCGCCUUGUUCUACGCUAGGCGAGCGGGAAGCCAGCUCUGUGCGGACAUCCUACUGCAGCAUGGCUGCCCGGGGGAAGGAGGCAGCGGGGCCACCACUCCCAGUCCCCGCCGGAGAAGCAGCGCAGCGAGCGUGGGCCGAGCUGAUGCUCCCGUCGCGCUGGUAUAGCGGCACCACGCGGACAGACACCCCCGCCCUCACUCCCUUCCAACCUGCCCCAGCAUCUGUGCUCCCGGAAGGGACCCCACCAGCCCCCAGGCACCCCCACGCCAGCGCCACAAGCCACCAGGCACGGGCACCCUCCUUGUGGACUGUUGGACACAGACUCCCUUCUCCUCCUCCUCUUCCUCUUCUUCCUCCUUCUCCUCCUCCUCCUCCUCCUCCUCCUCCACGGGCACGUUCCCCACCAUGCACACACGGCGGACACUGAACCCUCACUCCCGACGGCACCAUCUCUCUCCCUUACCUGCUUCCUCCCAACCUUCCGCUCUCCAACGGACACAGACUCCCGCACUCUCCCCAGACGAGGCAUGGAGACCCUUUCGUGCGCACUCACCGCCCCAGUUCCCCAGUCGGACCCCCACCCACCCACCCAAUUUUUCUCUCUCCACCUCGGGAACUCUCCCUUCCACAUUCCUGCAAGCGUUUGGGAAGGGAGCUUGACCUACUUAACGCGGGGUUCUUGGACCUACCCUCUGCUGGCUCCUGGGAAACGCGGAAAAAAAGAAGUUUGCCCUUCAGAUCCAGGAUGACUCGCGCUUCCUCCCCGCCCCCAUUCGUUGGACAGUUCGGCCCCCAGAGCCCAAUGCCCAGGCUGGCUCCUGGGGACAGGGGAAGGUAUCAAGGUGUUGGAGAGGCGGCGGGGCGGAGGGCAGUUCUGGGGAUGGAAGGUUUGUUCAUGGGCCCCUCUCACUCCCUCCACACCUGAUUUCACUGCCCAACAACAGGGGAAGUGGGCAGCGAGGGGCAGGACCCCAGCUACCCAUGGGGGUGGGGAUCCCAACCCUUUCCGUGAAAGGGACCAAUGGGGGGGACGCUACAAUAAAGACCCCUCCCUGCACACCCACAGCCACAAGCACAUCCACCCACGGAUGGACUGGGGCUGGAGAGCCAGAGACCUGGCUUCCUCUCUCCACGAUACCUAGAGAGGGGUGAUGAAUGAGAUGGGGGCUCUCGGAACUGGGGAGGAAAUUGUAAUUUAUUGCUUUGUGCCCCCUUGGGAGGGGGGGCUGGGUUGGGGGGAGGGCUGGGAUGUGGGGAGGGGGGUGGGCUAGGGGAAGCCUGGGGGGUGGGGGGGUGCUCUUGGGUUGUGAGUGUCUGUGACUGUGACUGCCUAACUGUGACUGUCCAGAGCCCGUGGUGUCCUGGGCCAAAGGAUACCCCAACCACGGGACUCCCUUCUCCCCCAAGUUUCACCCUCCCCUCCCUCUUGCAGGAGAAGCUCUAGAUCCAGCCUCCCGCCCCUUCCCCCACCAGACUCCCUGAAACUUUCCAGCCAGGUAAAGAAGUUAACCCGGCUGGGAUAGGUCCCUAUUGGCCUGCCACCCCUUCCUCAAGCAGGUUGGGACUCCCCUGCCCCCCCCCCAAUCCCCUUAUUCACCAUAGCCCCAGGGCCAGUUGGUGUCAGUGUUUUGGGUUUUUUGUUCUGUUUGUUUGCUUUGAUUCCUUUUGUUUUGGUUUUGUUUUUGCUAAAAUAUUUUGGAGAGGAGUAGUGUGUUUGGGGAGAGGGUGGAAGAAAGGGGCAGUGGGUAAUGCUCCCCCACCAUUUGCCUCCCCUGAAUCAGGUGGUAUGAGUCUUCUUCAAACAAUUAAAAAGGCAGUGAUUUUGA